UCUGUAGCGACCAAAGCGGCAGAGAGCUGCCUGCGCAUGUCAAGGCUAGCAACACAUUCAGCCAGGGGCGGGGGUGGCCCUGGAGAGGGGCGGCUUGAUCACCCAAUCGCCCAGCAUCGGGGCUCAGCAGGAUCCAGGAGCGCGCCCCACGGAAGGGGGUCCCUCCGUCUACCCACCCUCCACCUCUGAGAUCGCCAGCCCCACCGGAGCUCCCGCCUCUUUCCACGCCUGGAGGACCUCAGGGAGCCUGGGCCGCUGUGUACAUGACUGAAGUGGAACAAAUUCUGUAGCCCAGACGACGUCUGGAGUAGGGACACGCCCAGUUGGAGAAGCCUGCCCCGCUGUGGAAGCCCGAGAUCCUAAGUCUCGGUGGAUCGAAGUCGCUGUCCCUAGGGGAGGCGAGAGGUGAAUCAACACCGACUCCUUCCACAGGCCAGCAUUCCCGCGCCCGGCUGCGAGAUUCCCUUCCUAGUCCACUUUGCUUUGGUUGCAAACGCAAGCAGAGGAGAGCUCCAGAAACCACUUACCGGGAAAAGAUGCCUGCCUUCAACAGAUUGCUUCCCCUAGCUUCUCUAGUGCUCAUCUACGGGGUCAGAGUCUGCUUCCCUGUGUGUGUGGAAGUGCCCUCGGAGACAGAAGCCGUGCAGGGCAAUUCCAUGAAGCUGAGAUGCAUCUCCUGCAUGAAGAGGGAGGAGGUGGAGGCCACCACUGUGGUGGAAUGGUUCUACAGGCCCGAGGGCGGUAAAGAUUUCCUUAUAUAUGAGUAUCGAAAUGGCCACCAGGAGGUGGAAAGCCCCUUCCAAGGUCGUCUGCAGUGGAACGGGAGCAAAGACCUGCAGGAUGUAUCCAUCACUGUUCUCAAUGUCACUCUGAAUGACUCUGGCCUCUACACAUGCAAUGUGUCCAGGGAGUUUGAGUUCGAAGCACACAGGCCCUUUGUGAAGACCACGAGACUAAUACCCCUGCGAGUCACUGAAGAGGCGGGAGAAGACUUCACGUCCGUGGUCUCAGAAAUCAUGAUGUACAUCCUUCUGGUCUUCCUUACCUUGUGGCUGUUUAUUGAGAUGAUCUAUUGCUACAGAAAGGUCUCUAAGGCCGAAGAGGCAGCUCAGGAAAAUGCGUCUGACUACCUUGCUAUUCCUUCAGAGAACAAGGAGAACUCUGUGGUACCUGUGGAGGAAUAAUGUGGUGUGACUUGAGGUGAUGUACAGACAUUUGGGAGGAUGAUCUGAGUACUGAGGGACUGGAUGUCCCCAGUUCAGUGAUGCCAGCAACAUCAGGAAGUGCCCCAGGUGUCCCAACACAUCCAUCUUUCACCAACCACCUACCCAACUGUGAGGUUUUUACCUGACUUCCAAACUCUAUCAGAACUCUACACAUCUUGACCUUGCCUGAAAUGAAGAGCCAACAUCUGUACAUGGACUAAGCCUCACUCUGUCCUUGCUUCCAAUCAAGCAGCUCCCAACUCAACUAGGGUUCUCCCCUAUCCUCCAAAUGACUUUAAAUAAGGACUGGAGAGUAAUAUUCCCUGUGCCCUAACUGUCUGCCAUUGGGUUGUUCUCCACUGCAGCAAAAGGAUGGAGGUAUAGCCGAAGGAAGGCCUGAUUAGUUUGUCUUAAAGCCAAAGCGUGCCGUGUACUUUGAUUCAUUGAAGUCAGUUUUUUUCCUGCCUCUCAGAGUACCCGAAAGCAGCAUGCCCCUAAAGUUCCCAGGGACAUCUUCUGUGUGCACUGGAAUACAUUCUGGAACUCAGUGUUUUGAGGCUAUAUCUCCAUAAUCCCGAAGGCCUGGAGCAAACCCAGAACUUCCAAGAAGCCAAGGAAGGAUCCAAGAUAAUUUCAGUAGAUCUUGAAAGCGAUAUAACACACUCCUGAUAUUGGGCACAUGGAUGAAUGACCUUUCUGGAUCAAAAUUCCUCAGUUCUUCAUUUCUCAGUGUCUGUGGAUCAGUAUUAGUCCUCAUUUUACAGGAGGCAGCUGAGACUCACAGAAGGCUGAACAGGACAUGUAGGAGAUUAAACUGGACUAGAGAUGAGUUUCAUGCCUCCAACCUUACACUCCCUGAGCUGAAAGAUAUUUUUUGAGGACAUUCAGCAGGGCAGAAGCAUGACAUUUGUCCAGCAGAGGCUAACUGUGAUAGAUUUGAGGAACCAGAAACCAGGUAAGAAAACACAGAUGGGAUGAGACAGACUUUAGGAUUUCACACAAAGGUUUGUGAAUCUAAGCAUCCUCUAGGAGAGACAGCACCUGAGGGCAAUAUCUAUAUGAUGAAAAAUGGUUUUAGUCUGAAAUGGACAAUGAACAAAGAAACAAAGAUGGGUGUGUAUCUUCUAAAUACCUCACCUGUAGAUGUCAUGUUUGGGUAUUGGUGUUUGUCAAGUCCCCUGCCCCUACCCUCAUCCCCACUCAAGAGAGCAGGGAACCGGUGACAAGAUGCUUAGUUGAUAUCUCUUUUUAAUGACUGUUCCAAGUGCAAUAUUCUUUAGCCCCUACAGAUAGCAAGGGCAGGCGGCCUUAUGGUAUAUAAAAAAGAUGCAAGUGAGACUUAGUAAGAGAACUGUCCUCAUUUCUGGGGAGCUCUUUAAGAAAGACCAUUCUCCACUCCUACCAGGCUUUGUAUGGCAAGCUCACUUUUCACCUUCACCAUUUCCUUCUUGGUAGAUGUCAGACAUGUGCUUUGGGACUCCCACCCCCACUCUUUUUAUCUGGUUUGUUUGCACAUGGUGACUUAUCCAGAAUCACAAUUGAAUCCCCUUCUGGGAGAUCAUGACUAUAACCUAAAAGGUAGGGACGGCACUCACCAGCCAACUUAAAAUCUUCACCAUCUCCAUUUUCUUCCCCUACUUCUACUUAGAAUCCCAGACUAGACAUGUGUAUCUCUGGAGCCUUUCCAGGUGUACUGCUGCUUACUAAAGGGCUUAGAAGAGUUCUCAAGGGCUAUAAUCCUCUAGAAACCCCACUGCUUGUCUUGGUGCUGGGUAUUUGCUGUGACUGAUUCUCAAUAAUUUACUGAAGGUCAAACUAAGCAGAGUCUAGUUUUCCCUUUAUUACUGCCUAACAGCUGUGAACUUGGUUACUCAGUUGGUCCUGAAGGCAUCUUGUCCUGUUGACUUGGACUGUCAGCUAGGUGUUGGAUCAAGCCCCAAUCCCUAAGUGGAAAUACUCAGUGCUUGCUAUAUCUCAGGCUUUACUUUCAAUCUGUUUACACAUUAUUUUUUGGUUCCUCCACCCUCGAUUAACUGCAUACCCAAGCUUUCUUUUGAGUUUCUGGGUUUGCUCUAGACAUCAAAAUAGAAUUGCAAGUAGAAAGGGAAGUUUUUAGAGCAAGAUUAUACCGAGAAAGGCAGCAGUGAGCUUAAAAGGGGACAGGGCUAAGGUGAUAGCCCAAUAUGUAAAACGCUUGCCACCCCAGUGUGAAUGUCUCAGGAUGAUCUCUAGAAUCCAUGCGAACAGCCAGGCAUUAUGGCACACAUUGCCCAUCCCAGAGCUGGGGAGGCAGAGACAGGAAGAUCUGAGACUCACUAAGCAGGUCACCUGGCCUAACUUACUUAGCAAGCUCCAGGAAAGAGACCCUGUCUCAAAAAACCAAAACAAAAAACUGACAAGGUGGAUAGUGCCUGAGGAAUGACACCCAAGGUUGACUUCUGGCCUCCACAUUUACAUGCACACAAGUUAAGGUCAAUAUGCAUACUUACAUAAAAGAUGUGCAUGCCUGUGCGUGUGCUUGUAUGAAUGCUCUCGAGUGUGCUCUCGAGCGCAUACAGAUACACACACACACACACACAUACAUACAGAGAGAGAGAGAGAAAGAAAGAGAGAGAGAGAGAGAGAGAGAGAGAGAGAGAGCUUCCUCUCACUUGUUUUAUAAAUGAGAAAGUCCCAGUUCUGUGACAUCACCCAGUCACUGCAAAUGUAUGUAACCAGGACCUUGGUGUGCCUGUACAUCAUUCUGAUUAUCUACUCACAUUGUUCAACACUCUCUGUGUUGAGUACUAGGUUAGGCUCUAGAUAGACCCCUUGAUCUUAGGUCUGUAAAAGUAUGCAAGCAUGUAUGUGGGUGUGCGUGUGCACACGCACACGUGUGCACAGGCACAUGGUUCCAAUAAAGUCUCUCUGUUCAUGUCAAUAAAGUGUCUCUGAAGACCA